AUGACGGCUCCCGUGGACAAAGUAGAGGCUCAGCGCGACGGUUCGACCUCGUCUAUCGGAUCGUCGCCCGAGCCUGGCCUGGCCGAGCCAUAUCCCCAGGAAGAGCCCCAGCAGCAGAAGCGCAAAGGCGGCCUUGCUACCGCGUCUAUGAUAGAACUAACACGCCCUCGUAAGAUUUAUGCCACCUCGGAAGAGCGCAAGCAGCGGAACAGGCAGGCCCAGGCCGCCUUCCGUGAGCGAAGAACAGAGUACAUCAAGCAAUUGGAGAGCACCAUUAAGCAUCAUGAAGACACCCUCCAGAACCUGCAAAAUAGUCACCGCAAUGCCGCUGACGAGUGCCUUAUGCUCCGGUAUAAGAAUUCUCUACUCGAGAGGAUUCUGCUAGAGAAAGGCAUCGACGUCCAGGCUGAGCUGCGCGCAAAGACUGGCAGUCCAAAUCUCGGAGCCACCAGACCUCCACUAGCUGCACACGCCUCGCCCAACCAGGCCCCUCUCCAGCAACGUGCCAUGUUGAAUAGACAGCAACAGAGGCGCUCGCUGCAAGGCCCGCCCAAGAUUGACGCCUCCAAUGGCCUACCCAUGAUCCAACCUGAUGGUCCUAUUCAGCGAUCUCCCUUGACCCAGCCUACUCCAGGCUCCCAUCUUUCAUCUCCUGCUCAAUCAGCGACUCGCUCGCCCAAUUUCAUGCCCCAUGGUCAAUCAGUAUCCCCCAAUUUUGGACCUAUGCAUUCACAACAGCAGCAGCAACAGCAGCAACAACAACAACAACAACAACAGCCACAGCAGCAGCAGCAACCACUUCGACCACAGCCACCUAGAUCAAACUUUACCCCUAUGAUGGGAGCUCAACGACCUUCGCUAGUAACAAAUCAGCCUUCCUCAAACGGCAUGUCAAAUGCUUCGAAUGUCGGUAACAGCGGAAACGGUGUAACACCGAGCAACGGUCCUUCCUCAUUCUACCAGACGCAGUUCACGGACCACAUGAGUCAACUAGGCACGCUAACCCAGCAGGAGUACGAGGAACAAGCAGACUCCUACGACCACGACGAUCCGAGCGAUCACUCUGCCGGUCCCGGCCCAUUCCCACAACAAAACUUUCCACCUUCAAACAAUAUGCCACCGCCAAUGCCGCCUUCCCAGAACCCUCCCUUCACCAGCCCGGCCGCAUUAGCACCAAACGAUGGUGGCCAAGUCUUCAAUGGCAUGAGCAACAACCAUCUCUUCGACCCUUACGAUCCAAUGCUCGACGCCGAUCCAUUCGGACUGUCCGCCAGCAUGCACUUCCCCACCAUGUAUGAGAGCAGAUGA